AUGGACUUCCUGGUCGAGUCGUGCCACCCCCUGCAUACGAUUGAGGCGGUUGCCAAUGGUGAAAGGAGAUACCAGGACUCGCCUCCUGACCAGGCUGAGGUUGUAGGGACGAGGCCGUUCCCAUGGGGUGGCCGACUGGAGGCCCGGUUGCCUGAACCCUUGCUCUGCUGGGAGACGCUGGGUAAGGGCCGUAUGAUGCUGCCGUACUGGGAGUUCCAGAGGGAUAUUGCCCAGGUGGUGGGGGUUGCUGGUCUCGUUGAUGGCGCGGUGACACCGGUACCUGAGCUGGCAGUAAUUGAGGGUAUUGACCACCUUGUGCAGAAGACAUAA